AUGCCGAGGCUGUGCGCAGGCUUUGCUCCACGCUUGCCUUGCAUCUACAGCACGAGCAAGGUCAACGCGCCAGCGCAAGCCACCCGUGCAGAAAAGUGCCUCUUCUGCGAUCCUUCCAAGAUGACGGAGAGUUGCGGCACUGCGGGUGGCCGGCGGAACGUGACCCAAGCACUGAAGGCUUUCAGGAAGCACUAUGACACCCACAGUCACGUCUACAACUCAGCCUUGCUGCGAGUGCCGGACCAAUGGCGUCAAGCCUUGCACGCGAAGGCUCUGCUGGCCAAGCGUGGAGAGGCCAAGCGCCCACGCAAAAGCCCGUCUGUGGACCAAGCGCAGAAGGUGGCCCAGGAGUGGCGAAGUGCCCUGGCUAGCCGCAAAAGAGCCUUCAAGGUUCUCAGCAGCGAGGAGGUCACGGCGUACAAAAAGCGCCGCAAGGCAGAUCGCAACCGAGUGGUGAAGAAGUUCUUCACGGACAACGACCUUCCCGAGCCAGAGGCAGAGGACAUCGCCGAGAAUGACGCCGGAUUGCCGGCCGCCAGAGUGACGCAGAGAGCGGCGUUUGUGGAGCAUUGGUGCAAGUUUGGUUCGCUCGGCAUUUGUGAGAAGUGCCAUGCCUUGCAGUUCCGCAACUUGGAGCCCAUCGACGCGCGCCGGGUGGCGCAAGCCACGAUUAGCAGCAAAGCUUGCAAGCAGUGCAAGGCCAAGCAGUGGGUGCCUCAGCCAGAGGACAUUCCUGUCCCGCUGCGAAAGUUGACCCAGAAGAUGGUGCGCAAGCUGCGGCCAUUGGAGAUCAGCGUGGGCCCGGUGAAAAAAGCGGAGAACGGGUACCGCAUCAAGUCCUCUAUGACCCGAUUUAGCUGGUGCAAGCAGUCCGUGGUGGACAAGAUCGCCGAGGCAUGGGUACGCAAGCGGCGCAAGCGCGAGCAGUUGCAGAAGGCCUAUGACUACCUCAUGUCGAAAGAAGCCGAGAGCAGCUACCGAGACCUGGUCCACAAGCACAAAAAGUUCUUGCAGAAGCAUCCCGACGCAGAUGACUUCCAACGGCGCUUGCCCUUGCAGUUCAUGGAGACCCCUGGGCUGGAAUGCGCGGUGUGGCCAACACUGUACUGGUGCACAGAGAUGUGCGAAACAGUCGAGCGAGCGACCGACGCCCGGCGCCUGCAGCGCCAAGGCUACGAGGCCGGUCCGAACGACGCCGACGACGAGGGCCGUCACAGCAUCAAGCGCAGCUUCAUGCGAAAGGUGCUCAGUCCCGUCAUCGGCUACAGUCAGGACUUCGAAUUGAUGCAGUUUGCGUACGACCUGACCUUGUGGUCUCGCAUUGGCGGCGGCAAAAAUGCCUGCGCUGGCUUGCCGCUUCGCUUAGUCCUCAAGGGUGAAACCUUUUCACCUUUGUACUGGAAGACCAAACACCACGGCUUGAUCGACAUGCAGCGUCAGUGCGGGUUCCCGGCCCUCUUCCGCACCAUCGCGCCCUGGGAGUACAGCUUCCCGUACCACAUCGCCAUCUUGGACGAGAUGGAGAAGUCCGGCAAGGGUCGCGUGCAGUCGGGUGGCUUGGAAACCUUGCACACAGCCCAUGUCUUCACGGAGGUGAACCGGGGCCUCUUCGCGGGCAUGAACAAGAAGGCAGCAAGCGACGGCUGGAAGGAUCACAUCUUGGCAGCAGAGGAUGGCGUGACCCCGACUGUGGUCAACUACUUCCAAAGGCUCGAGUUCCAGGACGGUAAAAAGAAAUUGCCGACACAGGACUACCACGGAAGCGGACGCGUCCAUGUUCACAGCCUGGAUUACCUGCAGAACGUCGACAAGAUUGGCUUGGAGAAGAAGAUGUCAGCCACCGUGCCAGGCGAGGAGGAGGCGGUGCUGCGUGGCUACAUGCUGGGCAGACCCCACGGACGCAGUGACAGUGGCUGGCCCGUGGAGGACGGUCCUUCUAGGUUCGAUGCAGACACCGGCUUGGUGAAGCUUCAGCAUUCGGCAGCGGACAAGGAGCAAGGACAUCGGGCAUUCUUCAAGGAGGUCCUCGAGAUCUUGAAGUGCCACCAGGACGUGCUCCAUGGCAAUGCAAGAGGGCUGCUGUUAAAGUACGUAGCAAUCUACGCGCCGAAGUUUUCGGACAGCUUCGCGAGAGAGUGGUUGAAUGACCAAGCCUCAGCCUUUUCGGUGGCGAGACGAGUGCUCUUCGACUACCAGCCUGCGGAACCGGAGAUGUGGCUGUACCUCUGCGCGUGGCUCCUUCCUCCGUGCAAGUACGGUGGCACCAUGGUGCCGCUGCUCUGCCCUUGGCCAGGCAUGGAGGCAAAGCCCAAGCUGGUGCACAACUACGAAGAGUCUGAAUGGAGAGCUGACAGCAUGAGCUUCCUGGAGUUUUGCCGGAAGAGCAACAAGGACGGGAACAUCAUCGAUUGGGUGAAGAAGCUAUGGAAAAAGAGCGGGUGCCCCACGGCAGCCGGCCCCGAUGGCGCGGCCACGGAACGCGCCAGCUUGGUGGCCUUCGCCAACUCAUGCCUCGCGCGCGGGGAGAAGCUCAUCGCCUGUGAUAUGCUGUCCCUCUUCAAUGACCGCUGGUUUGGACAGUGGCUGGCCUUGCGACAGCCCUUCCGCAACCUGGACCAUCUACUGGACCCGGCGGUCGUCGAGAAGGUGCCCAUCCAGUACCUCCAUUUCGCCAAUGCAUUGAAGCAGUGCCCAGACUACUGGGAGGAUGAUGCACAGAUCCGAGCAGACUUGGAGCUGGAGGCCGUGGGCAACGACAGAGCCGAAACCUUCUUGGCCAUGGUGAGGGCCCAGCGCUCGUUGGUGGAGAGAUUCCUGUCCGGUGAGCUACACAAGUCCGACGAUGCCGGUGUGAAGGCAGCCAUGCUGGAUGUUGGAUUGGUCGAAGGCGAGGAGGACCCCAUGUUCGCAGAUGUCGAGUUCAACCGCGAGCAGAAGCGCCUGGAAAAAGCAGUCUGCAAGCAGCUCGAUCGAGCGAAGCGGGCUCGCUUGGCCGAGAAUGAUGCUGACUGGGAGGCGAUCGUCGAGGAGGCCCACACCAACAACAAGCCCUUGUUCGUCACCGGCCCCCCAGGCACUGGAAAGACAACUGUGGUGGACAAGUGCGUUCGUCGCUGCCUACGGGAGGGUGGCCGGGUCCUGUACGCCUUGCCCACCGCACAGCAGGCUUCGCGGGUGAGAGCGAAGCACGCGCAGGCGGAGGUGGACACCUGCUCGGGAGCCUUCUUUCUCUACAGGGAGGCUCUCGAAGUGAUGGAUUGCUUGACGCAGUACGACAUGGUUGCCAUCGACGAGAUCUCGCAGCUGUCCCAGUCGGACUUUGAGCGGAUCAUCCAAAUGUGGGAGGCCGCAGACAAGCUGCCGGCCCUUGUUUUCGCCGGAGACUUUUGGCAACUGCCCGGCUUCUGCCCCCGAGGCCAUGAGCCGUCGAAGGCCACGGACAGCCCUCGGUGGAGCACGGUGCACCAGAUCGCUUUGCAUCAGAUGUGGAGGUGCAAAGACGAGGUCUUGAAGGAAAAGCUGGAGCUCUUGCGGACAUCCAUGCCUAGCAAGAAGCAGUUGCAACACAUCUGCCGUGGACACAAGGCCUGGUCGGGGCAUAAGGAUCCGACAGCCUGGGAUUUGCAGCAGCUGUACCGGAGCCACCCGCGAACCACCAUCGCCACGUGCACCAGGAGGGCGGCGGCCUUGGUGAAUGACCUCUCCAUCUGGAUCCUCUUCACUACACGGAAGCAGCGACAGUUGGCGACCUUGCCAGUGGACUGGGAGUCCAAUCCGGCCAACUACGACAAGGACAACUACAACCAGCUCAUCACCGGCCGCUCUCCAGCCCCCUUGGACAUGAAGCUCUACAAGGGCAUGCGCUUGCACCUGACCCGCAACGUCAACAAGGAGGCAGACUUCAUCAAUGGGAUGGAGGCAACGGUCGUGGGGUACGAGUCCAGCUCGAAGUGCUUGCACGUGUGCACCAAAACCGGCCGCCAGCUGGCCGUCUACCCAGUGACCGACUACGUGGAGGAUUGCGGCUACGUCACGGCGUACCCCGUCCGCCCGGGCUACGGCUCGACGAUCCACAAGCUGCAAGGGGCAGAGUUGGAACACAUCACCGUGUACUUGGACAUCCCAGGCGCCAAAGCGGCGGGCUACGUCGCCGUCAGCCGCGUGCAGCGGGACAGGGACUACCUCCUCGGCGGCGUUCUGAAGCGGCGCCAUUUCAAGCCGGCCAUGUGA